UUUCAAAUUCACAAUAAAGAACAUUUAACACUCUGCUCCAACGGCUAAUAAUAACCGUGGGUCCCUUCUAUUACAUCAGCGGUCCAGAUCUCUUAAUCUAUAAAUACAGAUGCACAGAAGUUAGCUUUUAUCUUCACUUACUCACUUAGUCUUGUCUAAACCCUUCUUUCUCUCAACUAAUUUCUUAAUUAUGGAUCUCAAAUUUCUCUUAACGGUUACACUAAUCGUCACUUUCUUCGCCGGUGACGUUGAUGGCCAAUCUCCGGCAGUUUCUCCGACCAGUUCUCCUUCUAUAUCUCCUCCUCAAAAGCCUAUAUCCACAGCUCCCGCCAUUUCUCCUGCUUCUCUGUCGCCGAUAUCAACAGCUCCCGCCAUUUCUCCUGCCUCUCCGUCGCCCAUAUCCACAGCUCCCGCCAUUUCUCCUGCUUCUCCGUCGCCCAUAUCCACAGCUCCCGCCAUUUCUCCUGCUUCUCCGUCGCCCAUAUCCACAGCUCCCGCCAUUUCUCCUGCUUCUCCGUCGCCCAUAUCCACAGCUCCCGCCAUUUCUACUGCCUCUCCGUCGCCCAUAUCAACAGCUCCCGCCAUUUCUCCUGCUUCUCCGUCGCCGAUAUCCACAGCUCCCGCCAUUUCUACUGCCUCUCCGUCGCCGAUAUCCACAGCUCCCGCCAUUUCUCCUGCUUCUCCGUCGCCGAUAUCCACUCCCACAGCAGCUCCGGCGAGGGCUCCAGCAGCAAGCCCUUCCAUCAAGGCUCCUAAAUCCUCUGCUUUGGCUCCCGCGAAGACUCCAGCAGCUUCCCCUUCCUCCAUUGAGGCUCCUUCCUCUUCCGUGCCAAUGACGUCUCCUCCUUCUCAAACACCUGAGCCCUCUCCUACACCUAAGGUCUCUCCACCGGCUCUUUCACCGGAGGCUGAUUCUACUCCAACCCCUUCACCGGAAACUGAUUCUCCUUCGGCUCCAGUGGCUGCGCCGUCAGCCCAUGCCCCGGCUCCAGCUCCGAGCAAACAUAAGAAGACUAAAAAGACAAAGAAGCACAAGAACGCGCCGGCUCCAGCUCCAGCUCCUGAGCUUCUAAGCCCGCCUGAACCGUCCGCGGAAGCUCCUGGACCAAGUGAUGCUUUCGCUCCCGACACCGCCGACGAUCAGAGUGGUGUAGAAAGAACAACUGUGAUGCCAAAUGUGGUUGUGGGAGCUGUGGCAACAACGGCAUGGGCUCUUCUCGCGCUGGCCUACUAAUAAAUUUUUGGUUUAUUAUGCUUUUAUGUUUCAACAGCUCUCUUGAUUUUUUUUCUAAAUAUGUUUUACCUAGCUGCUCACAUAAUUUAUCAGCAUUUGAUAUACAAUUUGGGUUUUUACGUGUACAAAUAAAUCCAUUUUCCUUU